GCCGACAAGCCGUUCCGUGUUUUACAAGCAACUCAGUCGCAGUGGGAGGAAGUUGAACCACAAGGCAAGCAAUGCAACAUUGCUAACAAAAAUAGAGUAAAAAUCUAUCGAAGGGGGAUUUCAUAUAUACAUGUGCCAUACCGGAGCUGGAAAACCACCAGCGUCAACACGGGGAGAGGACACAAGUGCCACAAGUCUGAGAAGCAGCGGACGGAUACUUAGUUGAGCUACUUAGCUCUAACUAGCUGCCGAGUGUGAGCUCCCCAGCCCGGAUAGCCUGACUACAGUCGGUCGGGGAAGGGAGAGAGCGACGCUGCUUGGGUCUCAUCGUUUUGUUUGAGAUAUCGACCUGGGUAACCGAUUUACGAGAGUGACACAUCAGUAGUGUAUCGUCAUAGAUUAAUCUCUUUACUUACAUAGCCAACGCCAGGUAAAAGUGGUUUGCGCGGUGUUGUUAUCAACUGCCAGAGUCAACGGCGAAGAGGAAAAGUUGUCGGUUAACAAGCUAACUACCGUUGGCUAGCCGACCAUCUUCCAUCGCUCCCUCCCCCUCCUCCACCAUCAGCGUCACCAUCAGCCCACAGUCAGUAGCUCUGUGCUGGGUCUCCAGGCGAGGAGGGUCCCCCCCAACGCUCGGGGUUACGAAGCCGCUAUGGAUUAUUUUGUGCGGUGUCGGCGACAUUUUUGAAUACAUUGGAACUACCCAGAGUCUUUUCCGGAAAACUCGAAACACCUAUUCAUUUUUCCCCAACACAAGUAGCCAGUUAACUUGCUGCCGUUUACGUUAUUAGGUAAAUAGCUGUGUGAAAUCGAGCCAGCGUUAAUCUCAGCUAGUUUGCCAGCUAAUUACGUGACUUGCAACUCGCAACAACGACAUUUUAGUGUUGCUGCCGUGUGAAAAUCACAACCAGCCCUAUCGAUUGACCGAUAAUCCGGACCCCUUAUUUGUUAGUUAGCUCGCUGGCUAGCCAUUUCAUCUUGCUAGCUAGCGUGGUGGCUGGCUAGCUGACGAACCGAAUUUUGUUAUUGCCAGCAGGCUGAAGUAAGUCGUAUUUAGACGUGCGGGCAAAGCUUGUGAUUCCUUGGCUGCCCUUCUGCUUGGACUGGAUAUGGUGCUAACGUUAAGCUUGUAAGCUAAACUGCAUCUCUUGGGCGACAUUUUGGUGAUUGAUGAGCCGAUAAGGAACAUUUCUGCUCACACAGGAAGCCAACAACGACGGCAACAUAAACAACAGCACUGAGUGGAUUUUAUGGAAUGCAAAUCAUGAUUCUUUUUUUCCACCAUGAUCUAACCUUUGCCUAACUGGUUUUAUUUCUGCUGGCGUUAUACACGUGUCCCCCGUAUUUUUUUUUAUUACAAUAGAGCUGGUUUUCUGCUGUCAAGGCGUAGACUGUUGAGCCAGUCACCUUUUGACUGUGCAGCUACUGAUCCCACAAAAAAUCAAAUCAUUUUUUCGCCAACCUGGGAAUUUUAAGAGUACAAUCUUGAAACACAUGUCGCACUGGAACUGGACACAAAUCAGUCAUUUGGACACAAUUCCAACAGGAGGACUACGAAACUCGCAGGAGACCUGUAGGAUUUGACAGCGGUCCUCUCCUCUGAUCCAGCAUUUAGUGCAUCUGCCUAUCCGUGAGACAUAUCACAUCAAAGCAUUGUGCCAGGGAGUACUGACCUCAAAACAAGAUCUCAUCAAUCUUCCCUUGGAGUAUUUGCAACACCUUUUUCGUUCGUAUGAUACCAAUUCAACGGAGCUGCAUUUUUUUGCACUAAAUGAGAUUGUAAGGACUGUGAUCUUACCACGGAUGAUAUGUUUAUGAAGUGAGCUGACAACCAAUGUCUUCCCUCUAGAAUUUCAUUUUUUCUUUCACAAUGAUUGUUUUUUGAGACGAAGCCAACAGACCACAGUGUGAGAAAACGGACAUUAAUCCAGUCGAUGGUCAGCCCUGCCAUCCGCUCAGCUGGCCCUGACAUGCACCUUGGCCCUUGAUGUUGGUCAUAUCGUGUGGACAUUGUUUUUUUAUUCCCUAAAACAUCCCCCCAGUCAGAUAUUUUAUUGAAUUGGUCGUCCAGGGUUGAAGAUGGCGGACCUCGAAGCAGUACUCGCCGAUGUCAGUUAUUUGAUGGCGAUGGAGAAGAGCAAAUCUACUCCAGCGGCCCGGGCCAGUAAGAAAAUCAUCCUCCCCGAGCCCAGCAUUCGUAGUGUGAUGCAGAAGUACCUUGAGGAGCGAGAUGAGCUGACAUUUGACAAAAUUUUCAACCAGAAGAUUGGCUUCCUGCUGUUCAAAGACUUCUGCAUGAAUGAGAUUGAUGAGGCUGUGCCACAGCUCAAGUUCUAUGAAGAGAUUAAGGACUAUGAGAAGCUUGACUCCGAGGACGAAAGGUUGUGUCGCAGCCGGCAGAUUUACGACGGCUACAUCAUGAAGGAGCUUCUGUCUUGUUCACAUCCGUUUUCCAAGAAAGCAGUGGACCACGUUCAGACUCACUUGGCAAAGAAACAGGUGCCCCCAACUCUCUUCCAGCCAUACAUAGUGGAGAUCUGUGACAGCUUGAGAGGGAAGAUCUUCCAGAAGUUCAUUGAGAGUGACAAAUUUACUCGUUUUUGCCAGUGGAAGAAUGUGGAGCUUAACAUCCAUUUGACCAUGAAUGACUUCAGUGUGCAUCGGAUCAUCGGCAGGGGCGGCUUUGGAGAGGUGUAUGGCUGCAGGAAGGCUGACACAGGGAAGAUGUAUGCCAUGAAGUGUUUGGACAAGAAGAGGAUUAAAAUGAAGCAGGGGGAAACUCUGGCGCUCAACGAGAGAAUCAUGCUGUCAUUAGUCAGCACAGGGGACUGCCCAUUCAUUGUGUGUAUGACGUAUGCCUUCCACACUCCCGACAAGCUAUGCUUCAUCUUGGACCUGAUGAACGGGGGGGACCUGCACUACCACCUGUCUCAGCACGGCGUGUUCAGCGAGAAAGAGAUGCGUUUCUAUGCGGCUGAGAUCAUCCUGGGCCUGGAGCAUAUGCACAACCGCUUUGUGGUCUACAGAGACCUCAAGCCAGCGAAUAUCUUGCUGGAUGAACAUGGUCACGUUCGUAUCUCUGACCUGGGUCUCGCCUGUGACUUCUCCAAGAAGAAACCCCAUGCCAGUGUUGGUACUCAUGGUUACAUGGCUCCAGAGGUGCUUCAGAAAGGGACAGCGUAUGACAGCAGUGCCGACUGGUUCUCCCUGGGCUGCAUGCUCUUCAAACUACUCCGAGGGCACAGUCCGUUCAGGCAGCACAAGACCAAAGACAAACAUGAGAUUGACCGCAUGACGCUCACCAUGAAUGUAGAGCUGCCAGACUCAUUCACCGCAGAGCUCAAAGAUCUGCUGGAAGGACUGCUGCAGAGAGACGUAUCCAAGAGGCUCGGCUGCCAGGGACAAGGAGCCCCAGAGGUGAAAGAACAUCUAUUUUUCAAAGGCAUUGACUGGCAGCAGGUGUACCUCCAGAAGUACUCUCCGCCGCUCAUCCCUCCCAGGGGAGAAGUGAAUGCUGCAGAUGCUUUCGACAUCGGCUCCUUUGAUGAGGAGGACACCAAGGGCAUCAAGUUGUUGGACAGUGACCAGGAGCUGUACAAGAACUUCCCCUUGGUCAUAUCAGAGCGCUGGCAGCAGGAGGUUGCAGAGACAGUGUACGAGGCGGUCAACUCAGACACUGAUAAGAAUGAGGCUCGCAAAAGGGCUAAGAAUAAGCAGCUGGGCCAUGAGGAGGAUUAUGCUUUGGGGAAGGAUUGUAUAAUGCAUGGCUACAUGCUGAAGCUCGGGAACCCAUUCCUGACCCAGUGGCAGCGCCGAUACUUCUACCUUUUCCCCAACCGUGUGGAGUGGAGGGGAGAGGGAGAGUCACGGGAGAAGUGGCUAAAACAUUUUAAAAAGCGUAAACAUACGCAAAACCUACUGACAAUGGAACAGAUCGUGACAGUGGAAGAAACGCAGAUUAAAGACAAGAAAUGUAUCCUUCUGCGUAUCAAAGGAGGGAAACAGUUUGUACUGCAGUGUGAGAGUGAUCCUGAGUUUGUGCAGUGGAAGAAAGAGCUGACUGAAGCGUUCACUGAAGCCCAGAAGCUGCUGCGCCGUGCCCCAAAAGUCAUCGGGAAAGGCAGGGCCGGAGUGGUGGAGCUUUCCAAACCUCCCCUCACACACCGCAAUAGCAAUGGCCUGUGAAUACACACAUAACAUGCACACACGUACACAUACACACACACGCACACACUGCAUCCUCCUUCCCCCUCUCAUCAGCCAUUUGCCUUGACACUAUCCCAUGCCCACCCACAAACAAAUUAAGCCUCACUCCUUGGAGUGUGUGUAUGGACCAAAUCCACCAGCCUCUUUGCUCUAUUGACCACACAUACACACACUCUAUAUCAUGACCAAUCAUUAGCACAAGACUGUGCGCCAAACUUUGCCAUGGGACCUUGCCAGUCACUCGGAAGAAGAAACGACAGGACAGUGAGACGAAGAGAGAAAGAGCAAUGUUUGGGAGAAGUCAGCAUGUGAAGAAGCUCUGCAUGAAUGUGAUGAGGACUAGAGCCCAGUCCUCUCUCUCUCCCUGUCUUUCUCUUUUUCUCUACCCCCUCCUGUCCCCAUCUUGCCCUACAGGUUUUGAUUAAUCAGGUUCAUCUGGAGGGUUCUCUUGGAUCUUUGCUCGCUAGGACCCGCAGAAGCCUGCUUAGCUGAGCCAGGCAAGGCCAAGCCAGGCCAGGCCAGGCUUUAACACUGGCUCACUGCUGGACUCUUCCUAAAGUCACAAAGCUAAAUACAAAUCCUCACAAAUGAGCUUUAUUGUUGGCCAGCCAAGAGGCAUUUCUCUCUCUGUCUCUCUCUUUCUUUCUCGUAUACACACACACACACACACACACACACACACACACAAACCAACCAACACACAUGCAAUCUUGACCUGGCAGAGCAGCAAAAACCUCCCCUUGGAGAAGUGGAUAUUCAGACUGUGGUUAAUUGUCCCACAUUGUUCCCUCUCUUUUUCUGUUUUGCUCUCCCUCCUCUUCCUCCUCCUCCUCCAUGCCCAGCGUCAGACUGACCAGUCGAGCUCCACACACCUGGGCUGGAUCACAGGAGUGGACGGAGGGGCAUGGCCGGACAGGAUAGGAAAGGAUUCAGCAGGACUCAGUGGCAUUGCUCAGGACAGGAUGCACAUUGGUGUGUGUGUAUCUUUUUUCCCCAUUUUUCUUCUCUUUCCAGAGUAAAGGCAAUGCAGAUGAGAACAGGCUUUAGUGGGGAAUGUAUAUCUGUGUUUUACUUCAGCAAGCGAACGAAAAAAAAAAGGCUGCUCGACUGGUUUUUUUCAUCCUUCCCUCUAUCCAUUCCUCCCUCCAUUACUGAAGUGCAUAAAGUGCCAACGUCAAUAUUUACUUGAGUCACCUGAGCACCCAGGAGGACCUGCUUGGUAGCAGAUAUCGCCUCUGGAUACACAGAGGGCUGAUCAUUCCAAUGCAGAAAACAGGAAGUACAUGGACCAUAGACUCUUUUCAGAUUGGCUCCUGUACAGCCGGUUACCAUAGAGACUGCGAUUCUAUUGGCUGACAAACAGCCGUCGGUUACUAUGGGAACCUGUAACCAUGAAGACUGGUAUCCCUGGGGAUCGGUAACCAUGGACAACGAUGUAACUAUUGUGUAUGAAGGUUACACUUGCAGGAAGAGAUGACAGGAGAGGGGGAUGAAGUGACUCUGGGUUUGAGUGUAUAUAAGCAACCCUUUCUCUGUGCAUCUCCAGUAUAUUAGUCUACGCUACAACCCGUUUGCAUUAAUGGAGACUUCUCUGUCUGCCUGUUUGUGAAUCUGUCCUUCUGUCAGGGCUUUUGGGGAGGGAAAAGGGGCAUUCCUGUGGUGUUAGGGGAGGGUGUAAUCUCGCAGAGGGUCAUGUCGAUAGGAGUCUAACAGCUUUCAAUCACUUGCAGUGUGCAUACCUCAGUUGGACUGUGUUAGUAUGUCGAGGCAAAACCUCUAAGGGCCAAAUUUCGCGCUCUGCGUAAGACAGAGCCUAAGACAAUACACCAGAAAGGUCUGUUUGUACUGUACGUCAUGAUCUUGCAGCCAUUCAAGAUGAGAAUUCUUUAUCCUGCUCACACACAAUCAUGCUCACAGGUUUACGGUUUCAGUUUAGUUGUUACGGAUAGUCUCAGUGCAAAGAGGUGUUAACAGUAUGAAGAAGACAGCCUGAAUCUGAAUCUGGAAAAACCCACCCUCAGAUGCACUGCUAUACACCGUCAAUCUGUGAUGUUAAAUAGAUUCAAGGAGUUUACUGAUGAAGUGCUGGAAUUCACCUUUUUUGUUGUAUCUGCUUUCCCCAGCCUGUCCAGUUGAUUUCUACUUUUCUAGCUGUGAUUUCCUAUGUUCUCCUGAAUAGCUUUUGAUUGCCUCCAGAGCAGUGAUUUUCAAAGUGAGGUCUUCCAUGAGGUCCUCGGCAAAAUGGGGGAUAGUUUACCUGUAAGUUGCUAGAAAUUGUUGCGAUACAAAUUGUAUGAGUGGUUGUUUUACUCUCACCACUUUGAAUCAGUUCCAGUGUUCAAGUUCGACUUGUAAAUAGUUUAAUUCUUCAACUAAAAUAUCUUUUCAUAUCAGCAUCCCAACUGCAAAAUCACUUCAAAUUAGGGUCUGCAGUAUAAUGAAAAUCAACUAGUGUCCAAAAAAAAAAGAAAAAAAGAAAAGCAAACUCUUUGGCUAGAGAACAUGCCUGAACUUGUGGAGCCCAGCAGUGGGAUAUAUCUGCAGGCAAGGAGAGAUUUAGCUGUAGAGAUCGUAAAAACAGAGUGAGAGGUUUUGUUGUUGAGAACAAGUGCUAGUUGUGCCCCUUACUGGAAAUGCAACGUCAUGUUGCUGUGUUGCAUAAUGGACUAUUGGUCUCAGUGGCUCCUCUCCAAUACUGUUAAGACUGAUGAGAUUACUUGGUGUCUCUCUCUCUUCUGCAAUGCAUUUUUCCCUCAGUGACGGUGCAAAAUGCCAAGUAAAGGGAAAAAAAAGCAAAAAUAAGCCCUUGAUCUUUGACUCUGAGGCACAGACACUGUUUACUAUCAAUGCUUUAGUUAGGCUAAUUGAAAAAAAUCCUAUAUCAAACUCCAUAUAUGUAGCAUUCCGCAUAACUAUGAAAAAUACACAAACUACAAAAUGGGCCUAGGAAUUAUUUGACAGUGUUACAGCAAUUGUUGGGUGGGUUUUUCCUUUUAAGUUUGUUUAUGAUUUCGUAUUUUUCCUGAAUGUGACACAGUACAGAUAAGGUAACAUUUUAAUAGGGUAUAUGGGUUUUGUUGAUGUCGUCCUUGACCUUGUAAAAUGUUUGUACUUGUUUAAUCGAAGGGCAGAAAUGUGCAGCUGAGAUAAACUAGUGUUAAAAGAACAGGCAGCGGAGGAGGAGGAAGAUUGUUUGAUUAACUCAUAAUUUCAGGGUUUUGAUUUUCAUGCAGUACAAUGUCCUUGUCUGUGAUGUCCAUGCAUUUUCAGAGAUGUGAUGUGUGUGUUUGUGCGCGCGUGCAUGUGUGAAUGUGUGUGACCUACAGUAGGACGGGGGUUGAUUAGGGACGCGUUUAUUUUUUCUUAGUAGCCUUUACCAGUCAGGGGGAGAUAUUAUCGUCUUAUAGAGAAAUUUUGUCACCUUUUAAGGUGUCUUUUAUUUUUGUAAACCAAACUGGUUUUUAUUGUUUUCAUUGAAAUUACGUUGUUGCACCUUUUUAGCCCAAUGUGUUACUUAAUAGUUGUUCAAUGUGCCAAAUAACUUGCUGAUUGAGUGGAACCUAUGGGAAGCCUCCUCUCUGAACUUUGACCCUUCUCACCACAGACUCAGCGACAGCCAAAAGGCAAUUGCGGCCACAGCUGCCACACACUCUCUCAAACACACACACACACACACACACACACACAGAUACACAAAUUAGCAGUGGAAGCUUGCGCAGAGUAGUGGUGUGUGUCUUUGAAGGGUACAAAACUGUGACCAAAUGUUUUAUGGAGCAAGAGCUGGAGAAGGGAGGUGUGUGUGGCUCUGGCUUUCCACAACGUGGCCAUCGGACUCUGAGACACCAGACAGUUCUCUGCUUGUUCCUAAAAUGAUUUUUCUUUUCACACUGUCUGUAUGUAUGUCAUGUGAGUGUGUGAGCAUAUGUGUGCUUCAUUAUUGCUUUGUAUGUUAAUUCAGUGGAGAUGUUUUUGUCAUACACAGAUUCUCUGCUCAAACACAUGCUCGACACAAGACAAUUAAAAAGGAUGGCAUAUAGGAAAAAAAACAAAAAUUAAAAGUAUAUAUAAAUAUAUGUGUAUAUGAAAUGACAAAAAUGCUCUAGGUUUAUUUAAGAUUUAAUGUAGAAAACAAAAAUUGUUUGGGGGAGGUUAGGGGUUUUGAUGUGAGUAUAUUUGUUUGUGGUGAAGACUUCAGCUCGAAUCUUGCACAUAAAGACUUUAGAUAUUGUACCUGCAAGUUACAGAUGAUUAUUUUUGUUGAAAUACCGGACUCUUGCUCUUUCAUAUUUAUUGCGUGUUUGGGGAGCGCUCUCCCAUCCACGUCUAUGAGCUCACACCUGAGAUCUCGCUGUAGAAAUACUCCGGUUUACACCCAUCAGAAAGUUGUGUUUUUCAUAUGCCACAAACAAACACAAAUACUACUGGCUUUGGGUUAUUAUUACCAUUAAGGUUAUGAUGAUACUGAUAUAUUAUUGAUAAUAUUAUUCAAUGAUUAUUGUUAUUAAAUUUAUUUUAUUUCAAUGAUUUUGUUUUGUUUUCAAGACAGGUAGGAACUUACGUGUUGGACUGCUUGUAAAAACAGUUCAUGAAUAAAAAUCCUUUUUCCGUGUU